CAAAUUAGCACAAACAACACUAGAGGUCGUUUGAUGUUGGAAAAGGAGAAGAAAGAGAGGGAAAUAAAACAAAGACAAAAGCGUUGGAAGUGGUGUAGAGGAAGAAGAUGGAUACUCUGAAAGGUGCGAUUCCAGAGAAACUAAAACAAGCAAUUAGGGAUAGCACUGUAAACACUCUUCAAGACACAUGUUCUUCUCUUCAUCACUUCUUUCUUCAUUUCGACCCUUUUCACCAGACUGUGACUCAACUUGCAGACCCUAGUUAUGCUCUUUGCGGGAAAAGCAAAGAAGCUGCGUUGAAGUAUAAGCAACUUGGUAAUCAAUGCUUCUCUAAUGCUGAUUAUGCAAAUGCUUUAGAUUAUUAUACCCAGGCAUUGCAAAAAGCUCCUUUUGAAGUUGGUGAAAUUGAAAAUAAUUUCAUUGCAACAUUGUAUAUUAAUCGAGCUACUGUAUUGCAUAAAAUGAAUCUUUUAGUAGAAUGUUUGCGAGACUGUGAUCGAGCUCUUCAGAUAUGUCCGAGCUAUUCAAAGGCAUGGUAUAGGAGAGGAAAGGCAAAUAUUGCAUUUGGAAAUAAUAGAGAUGCAAUCUGUGACUUAAAUAUAGCUAAGAGUGUCGAAUCAUCAACAGGAGGGAAGCGACAAAUAGAAUGUGAGCUGAAAAUUAUUUUAGACCAAUCCAAGAGCACAGAUAUAGUAGUACAGCCGCGACAGAAGGAGAACAGCUUGAGUACUACGGGUGAGAUGCCUCAAAUAAAGCUGCAAAGUGUCUCCGUACCUGAUAAAGGAAGAGGCAUGGUGCCGCCAUCUGAUGUUUCACCAGGUUCGUUGGUUCAUGCUGAAGAACCAUAUGCUAUGGUAAUAUUAAAGCAAUGUCGUGAAACUCAUUGCCAUUAUUGCUUGAACGACCUACCUGCUGAUAGAGUUCCUUGUAUAUCGUGUUCAAUACCAUUGUAUUGCUCCCACCAAUGCCAAAUAAAGGCAGGUGGGCAAAUGUUCAUGAUAUCCACAGAAGAUAAUUACAUUCUUAAAAACUUACCCAACGAUCUUGCUGAAUAUGCUGCCGAAGUGAUUCAAUACAAUGAUUGUGAGCAAAAGAUUGGUAAUGUUACUGAACAUAAACAUGAAUGUCAAGGAGUACAUUGGCCUGCUGUACUGCCUUCUGACAUAGUUUUGGCUGGCAGACUUCUAGCGAAGUUUUUGUCAAAGAACUCAUCUGGAGAUAUCACAAGUUUUGUGGAAAAGUUGGAGCUUUCUCAUUGUUACGAACAUAUGCCAUUUGAAAGUAAAUUAGAUUCACAUAUAUACGCCAUUGUAUUGUUAUAUUGUCUUAAACAUUCUUAUGGAGCUAUGCUUGCCAUCAAUGGAAUCUCUAUAUUACAGGUGGUCAUACUUAUUUCUCAGAUUAAAGUGAAUUGUAUGACUGUUGUUCGUUUAAAAUCAAUAGACGCUCAUGGACUGUCAGAUCAGUCUGGAGGAUUUCCAUUUCAUUCCAGUGUACAUUUAACUAGUAAUGUGGAACAGGUCAGAGUGGGCAAAGCUAUUUAUAAAGUUGGCAGUUUAUUCAACCAUUCUUGCCAACCAAAUGUUCAUGCAUAUUUUCUUUCGCGCACACUCUAUUUACGAACAACACAAGCCGUAGCAGCUGGGUGUCAGCUGGAAUUGUCUUACGGUCCACAGGUUGGGUUGUGGGAUUGUAAAGAUCGCCAAAGUUUUCUAAAAGAUGAAUACGCAUUUCAUUGUCAAUGUACUGGUUGUUCAGAAGUCAAUCUAUCUGACAUCGUCCUCAAUGCUUUUCAUUGUGUGAACCCAAAUUGUUCUGGCGCAGUGUUGGAAAGCAGAGUACUUGAAUGUGAAAAGCAGAAAAUUAAACACCUAGCUGUUGCUGAUAAAGUUAUCAAGAACGAUGACAUCUAUGAAGUUUGUCUUCAUGCAUUUAACCAAAAUGACGCUUCUAUUCAUAUUCAACCCGGAUUCUGUUUGAAAUGCAGUUCUUACCGUGAUCUGGAGUCUUCACGUGCAACAGUUGAUAAAGCCUUAAUAUGCAUAAAAAGGCUGCAGGAUGCAAUACUGUCAAAAGAAAUUUCAAAUACUUCCAUUUCAGACGCUUUGAGAUCUCUUCAUUUGCUUAGAUCAAAUUUGCAUGCAUGCAAUAAGGUUAUUGCAGAGGCAGAAGACAACCUUGCCCAAGCUUUUUGUUUAGUGGGAGAAUUACAAUUAUCGGCGGAUCAUUGUAAAGCAUCUAUUCAGAUUUUGGAGAAGAUAUAUGAUCCUGAUGAUAUCGUUAUUGCUUAUGAACUUGUGAAGCUUUCAUCCGUCCAACUUUCCUUGGGUGACAAUAGUGCUGUCAACAGCAUUGGUCGAAUAGGUGCUAUUUUCUCACGUUAUUAUGGACUUCAUGCAGACUUGGUCUUUCCUUAUCUUCAGUACCUUAGGAGAGAAAUUUAGAAAUUUCAGUGAAAUCUCUCCAAUCAAAUGCUUUUCCAGCAAAGUGGGCUAUAAAGUGAUAGAAAAAUCAUCAAUCACAGUUUAAAUGAUAGGUCAUUUGGUGUGAAAGAUCUACAAUGGUCAAACCUCAAGAAAAAUUACUCGAUGCUCAUCCAAGCUGCUCAACAGUCAGUGCUUCUUUCUCAUAAAUAAGAUACAUUCUUUGAAUUGAUAUAUUCAGGUGUGUUUUCGAUUUGCUCUCUCUUACAGAGAUGUGUAUUUUGUUGACGAUGUAGUUAAAGGGGAGAAGAUAUAUUUGAGAGAUUGUCUCAAGAUCAGUCUGGAUGGAAUUUGAGGCUUUGCUGUAGUCAGAAGGGGGUACCGAUAUUUACAUGUCACACACUUGGUUCUCGAGGAAAAUUGAUAAUUGUUGCAAGUUAUUAUAUUGUUAUAACACUUACUACGUUCCUACCAGGACAUCUUUUCUUUUAUAGCGUAGUCUCGUGAAUAUGGGAAGCAUUAUGCCAAAGAGAACCAAACAGAGCAUAACGGGUAAUUUCAUCGGUCCAUCUUGGACCAAAACUUA